ACCAGGUCCACCUCGUAUGAUGCUUACGAUCGAGUCCAGAAUUCAACUUGUGUCAGGUAAUAAUUUGUAUUUCCGAUACUUGUCUGCGGCUAAACUAGUGAGAAUCCGUACGGCGCGACCGUAGGUUACACAAUGCCACUCCUGGGAUUUGGCGUGUAUCAAAAUUACACCACCCGGGCCUCAGUUCUUGAGGCGCUUCGAGCGGGCUUUAGACACGUGGAUUCAGCCCAAGCUUACCGCAAUGAAACGGCGGUUGGAGAAGCUGUCAGAGAUAGCGGCAUUGACCGAGGAGAACUUUUCAUUACGACAAAAUGUGUCAGCAAAAACCAUGGGUAUGAAAGCACGCUGAAGGGCAUUGAUGAAUCUCUUGCUAAAUUCGGCUUUGAGUACAUCGACUUGUUUCUCAUUCAUGACCCGUGUUCUGGCACUGAGCGCCGCCUAGCCACAUACAGAGCCUUACAAGAUGCCCGUGAUGCGGGAAAAAUACGAUCUAUUGGGGUUUCAAAUUACGCGAUCAAGCAUUUGGAAGAGAUUGCAGAUGCAAAAUAUGAUAUGCCUGCGGUGAAUCAAAUUGAGCUUCACCCGUUUUGCCAGCAGCGGCCCAUAGUGGACUAUUGCCGUGAGCACUCGAUCGUGGUCCAAGCCUACUGCCCGAUCAUGCGAGGGAAAAUGGAUCAUCCGAUCAUUCAAACUAUAGCGCAGAAUCAUAGUCGUGAUGCAGCCCAAGUGCUCCUUCGUUGGUCACUUCAAAAAGGGUUUAUUCCGCUGCCCAAAUCGGCAACGCCAGAGCGUAUCAGGUCAAACGCUCAACUGUACGAUUUUGAGCUCGGGCCCGAAGAGAUGGAGCGCCUGGACGGACUUGACCGUGGAAAGGACGGGUCCAUCAGCUGGAAUCCUGUUGAUGCUCCCUAAUUGUUGUUAGCGCGAGCUUGGUAUCAGUUCCCCAUUGAUUCAAAGGCUCAAUUGGACGAUUUUGAGCUCGGGCCCGAAGAGAUUGAGCGACUUGACGGGCUUGACCGUGGAAAGGACGGGUCCAUCAGCUGAAAUCCUGUUGAUGCUCCCUAAUUGUUGUUAGCGCGAGCUUGGUAUCAGUUCCCCGUUGAUUCAGACUGAAAGAGGCUUAUCGAUCAAAUUCACUUGGU